AUUGUUUGACUUUUCAAAAUCUUUAAAUAUCAUUCGCCGGCAGUUUCAGUCUCCCCUCUGGCUCUGGCCUCGCCUUCUCCACGUGCCCUGGAUUCCAUCGCCGGCGACAACUCCGAGGACUUCUCCCGCCGUCUUCCACCUUUCCUCUUCCCUCUUCUGAUAUUCCACUUCCAGCGCCUCCACAGCAAUGGUGAAUCACCCUCCGAUCACCGACGACCGAUUCUCCGACGCCGACCGCAAAAACGACGCCGGAGCAUCAUUCGUCCUUCAAUCCAAAGGGGAAUGGUGGCACGCGGGGUUCCAUUUGACGACGGCGAUCGUGGGACCGACGAUUCUGACGCUGCCGUACGCGUUCAGAGGAUUGGGAUGGGGAUUAGGGUUUUUCUGCUUGACGAUUAUGGCGGUGGUGACUUUCUACUCCUAUUUCCUCAUGUCGAAGGUGCUCGAUCACUGCGAGAACGCCGGCCGCCGCCACAUCCGAUUCCGGGAACUCGCCGCCGACGUGUUAGGAUCUGGAUGGAUGUUUUACUUUGUAAUAUUUAUACAAACGGCCAUCAACACUGGAGUUGGAAUUGGAGCAAUCUUGCUUGCAGGGCAGUGCAUUGAGAUAAUAUAUACGAGCCUUUAUCCGAAUGGAUCAAUGAAACUGUACGAGUUCAUAGCAAUAGUAACAGGGGCCAUGAUAAUUCUGUCCCAGCUUCCUACCUUCCACUCUCUUAGACACCUCAAUUUGGGCUCUCUGCUUCUCAGCUUGGGCUACGCCUUUUUCGUUGUUGCUGCCUGUAUCAUUGCAGCCACCAGAAAAGAAGCUCCACCGAGGGACUACUCCUUAGAAGCAUCACCCAAAUCCAGAGUCUUCAGCGCCUUCACCUCCAUCUCCAUUUUAGCAGCCAUUUUUGGGAACGGAAUCCUCCCCGAAAUCCAAGCAACUCUGGCUGCUCCUGCCAGCGGGAAGAUGGUGAAAGGGCUGGUGAUGUGUUACAGUGUGAUUUUUGUUACUUUCUACGCCAUUGCUGCGUCUGGAUAUUGGGUGUUUGGAAACAGGGCUACCUCCAAUAUUCUGCAGAGCUUGUUGCCCGAUACUGGACCUGCUCUGGCCCCCACUUGGCUUCUGGGCCUCGCUGUCAUCUUUGUUCUUCUUCAACUCCUCGCUAUUGGCUUGGUGUAUUCACAAGUUGCCUACGAGAUAAUGGAGAAGCAAUCAGCGGAUGCAAAGAAAGGAAUGUUUUCCAAAAGAAACCUCAUUCCAAGGCUCAUACUUAGGACAACAUACAUGAUUAUGUGUGGUUUUUUUGCCGCAAUGCUUCCAUUCUUUGGAGACAUUAGUGGCGUGGUGGGUGCCAUUGGCUUCAUCCCUCUGGAUUUCAUCCUGCCAAUGCUUCUCUACAACAUCACCCACAAGCCACAUAAAUCAUCCAUCACCUAUUGCACCAACGUUGCCAUCAUAGUCGUCUUCACCGGGGUCGGGAUCAUGGGCGCCUUCUCUUCUAUACGCAAACUAGUCCUCGAUGCCCGGAAGUUCAAACUCUUCAGCAAUGAUGUCAUCGAUUGAACUUUGCUCUUGAGCAAAUAUUGCAGGAUGGAUUUCUAAAUAAGAUGUACUAAACCUGACUAACUCCCAACCCAAGCCCCCGUACAGUUCUGACCAAACGAGUACCAAAACUCAGAAGCUUAGCCCAGCCCAUUGCAGAAGUUGUGUGAUUGAGCUGGCCCAACUUUUGUGAUUUUGAUCUUCUGAAGGGAAACUAGGAAUUGUGGGUGUGCCCCUUCCCUGUUCCGCUUUUUCGACCGGGGAACUAGGCCACGAUCUCUUUCGAAAAACAAGGCGGCUCGUGCCUCUGGUCGAUUCUUAAGUUAUCUGUGGAUCGUCGUAUUGAAUCACUAUUGAUUUGAUAUCGAUCGAUAAUGAUAUUUGAGGAACCUGUUAGCAUGAUUUCCUCUAACUCACUCUUCAAUACCAAAAGAUAAAGUACAUCCUGCUUGGAAUUUAGGGGUAGCGGAAGCUUUAUUUAUACUAAUGGACGAAUUGAAAGUGUGCUAUUUAAUUCUUUGAAAAUUAACUUAAAAAUUAAAAGAUGAUGUAUAUAAAAUAAAUUAAAGAGGUAAAAUUUUGUCUCUCAAUAAGAAAAUUUCUAACUUCAUCCUCGUAGCUGUGUUAUAUUAAGGGAAUAAAUUCUAUAUAUCAGUUGUCACACAUGACGUAAUACAAAUGGUUUUAUGGCCCUCUCUAGAUUGUGAGA